AUGGCGGUCCACACACUCACGAACGGCACCAAACGAGUGCCCUACAUGCCAAUGACUAUCGAGUUUAUCCCCUGUCCCGCUCCGGUUCUCCAGUCCGACUUUGAUAGCUGUCGGAUCCCAGGGGGCCUCGAGCUCUGGUCGAACGGGGGGUUCUAUUCGCCAGGGGAAUGCUUUACUGGGUACUAUGCUAGGUGCACCCAGACGGCCCCCGUCAGCAAUGGCUGGCCCAUACAGAGGGAGGAGACGGUUGUCAGAUGUAUUCCCGAGGGAUACGACUGUAACGACAGGACUAAAGAUCAGAGAUUUGCGGUGUCCGACUACGAUGGAACUAUUCUCUCCGCCCCGGCUUUUGAGAUUCGUUGGAGAAGCGCGGAUGUAUCGAAUGCGAUGAGGAGUACGGAAUUUAAUCCGCCAGGAGCUCCGACCCUUGGGCCGACACCAACAGCGGAUGUCUCAACUUCUUGGGUCAUAACCACAACUGAUGUACGGAUACUCACAACUGACUUGACUUCCUCUUCGCCAGCCUCCUCAAGGACCGCGGAGUUAUCAUCACCUAGCGCAUCAUAUCCACCACCACCAGGGCCGACUCUGCCUCUUAGUUCUGGAACGAUUGCCGGGGUCACAGUAGGAAGCUGCCUGGGGCUGUUGGCCGUUGCCGCGGCGAUUACUUUUCUGUUCUUACGCCGCCGAAGGAGAUACCAAGGCCCAAGACGGCUCACGGAAGAUGGGGGUACAUGGGGCCAGCAUGAUACUCAAAAAGAAGCAACUGAACUGCCUAUCUCUCAACGUCCAGCUGAGCUGGAAAACAAGUCAAUGGAGUUGAGGGAGCUGCCAGUAGAGCCACGACCAUUCAGCCAAGACCUUUCUCAGACGUGGAGAGCAGGCCAUAUCAGUGUUAACGCCAUACCCGUGGAAGUUGCAGCAGAUUCAGCCCCGAAUGCAACGCAAGAAGCAGAGCGAAAGAACUGA